AAUGGUAGUCAAAGUGGCGGUCAGAGCGGUAAUACCUCUGGCAAUGUCGGUGGUAAUGGAAGUAGCGGCCAAAGUAGUAGUAUCAGUGGCAACAAUGGUGGCAUGAAUUGGCUUACCUGUGUCAUGCAUGGUAUCAAUGGUGGUACUGGCACUAGCAGUACCAGUGAAAGUAGAGGUCCCCAUUUAAAAUUGCACUAAUAUGGAUAAUUCGGCAGCUAGCUAACUAUUAAGACUUAAUUUUCCGCUUUUGUUAGAAAAGUGUAUCUAUUGUUAAUUUAACAAUGUAAUAAACUCUGCAACAAAGAAA